AGCCUUUUUUUGUUCGAGGCGUGGCGAUUUCUUGUUCUGAGUUUCGGAUUCUCUUGUCUGGCGGGCUCUAACUUGGACUUCUGCUCCAGGCCGAUGGCAUCAAUUGAGGAGAACCUCAGGCUCGUCGCGAGCGACGUCGAGCAAGCACUUUCGGCCGCGACAUCAGACAAUCCUAAUCCGUCUCAGCUUGUUUCUAAGUGUGAGAACCUCCUGCGGACGUUGGGGAAACACGACUUGUUGUACGAACGCAUCAUCCCGAAUGAUGAGGUGAGGGUCCACUCCACCAACAGAGACGGAGUGGGCUUGGACCCGUUCGACGUCCACUGCUUGAUAGAACGGGUGCUGCGUCAAGGAUGGGUAUCAGCAAAAACUGUCAGUUCGGUGUGUUUCGAAGUGGAUCCACGGUCUGACAACCAGUGCACAUUCAACGAGACACUUGCAUUGAGCAGCGACGGGAUGAUUGCACCAGUGCGGAAGGAGAACUUACACUUUCUCAGCGUGGCUGGCAGCCACACGGUUGGAGGGUUGAAUGCGGUGGCUCAUUCGUGCGCAACUUUCUUGGACGAGAUCGCCACCGACGGCCGCUUGUCCAUCGACAAAGUGAGGGCCGUCAACGCGGACUACGCGGACGCAGUUGCGACUGGAUUCAAAUGGCGAGUGAUUCGUUGGCAGGUUGACGAAAGGUUCCCAGGAUUGGCCGCCUACAUCCAGGAGGCGAUGAAUUCGGGUCAUGACACGGAGCGUGUGGCUACUAAGAUCCAGGUGCUCCUCGAGCUUCACCGCAAGGGCAAGGCCAACGUUUCUCAGCACGGAGACUUUCGAUGGCAGAACAUCGCGACGAGCGUGGAGGCUUCGAAGCAGCACAUGAGGGGCCAGAUCAUGGACAUGACAGCUUUCGUCGAGCGCUGGAGCGGCGGAGCCUCGGGCGACUUCUUGGCAUCGCUGAACGAGUGGGCGAAGACCCUUCGCAGCCGUGCUGAAGUUCCUGGGAGCAUGUUCAAGAUGCUGAGCAGCCUGGAGCUCGACAGCAUGCCCGAGGUGGUGUACUCCUUACUCAAAGCGGCCAUGCGCUCACCGCCUAAGUACUGCCACGCGGGGACAACGACAAGCAAACUCCUGAACAGCACGGACGUCGGGACCUUGAUCAAGGACAAGCGCAGGGAGCUCAUCGACUUGGCCGCAAAGGCGCGGGCAUCGAACAUCUGGUACACCGAGGACCUCCUGAAGGCUGGCGUUCACGUGAGCAGGGCUACCUUCGUCAAGCUCCAGGGUGUCAUGGAGGUUGAUGCGAUUAUGUUCUUGAUGAAGAAGGCUGUCCCUAACAGGGCCGCGCACGCUAGCUUGGACCAGAUUGCAGGUGAGUUCAUGGACGCACUGUACUUGGCGCACCCAGCGCUGAAGGACGUCCAGCCCCCCUGGAACCCGCCCGAGAAGAAGUCGUCGCCCAACUCCAGCAAGAAGGGACAGAGCGGCUUCCGAGAGCUUUCGACGGGCGGUCUCAACAUGGGCGUCGUCACGUCGUUGGGCUACAAGCAAGGCCUGAUGGUUGAGCUCAAGAAGAAGCCAGAGGACGUGGGCGGGCCCCAGCAGUGGCAGAUCAGCAAGAUCGAUGCCGUCAACGACAUGGUGAUGCUCAAGACGGUCAGGGACGGGGAGGUCAGCAAGCUCAUGGAGGACGUCGUGGAGAUCGACUGCGGCAAGCUGGUCGAUUUGUACAAGGUGGUGGUCGAGCAGGAGGUCGAGCGGUUCGAGAGCAAGGGCGCCGCCCUCUCGGAGACGUUGGGCGCGUCCGUGCUGCGUGCGUCGCUGAUCGCGAAAGAGGCGAUGUUCUCGGCCUACGCGUCCAACUCGCAGGCCGUUGAUGUCGACAUAUUGUUUUCCCGCGGCGCGGGUGCUAAGGUCAAUGUGCAGAAAGUUGUUGUCAACAAAAAAUACGACAAGGGGUCUCUCGUUCUUGUUGCACUCUCCAAUACCUGUAGCGUUGCCCUCACUGCCAGAGUCCCCGCAGGUGCCGUGCAUUUUUUUAGGUUUGACGGCAUCCCAGUAGGCCAUUCUGCGUUCGUGGUUCCUACACAGGUGUGGCCCGCAAAGGCGGGCGCCAGUAAGAAACAAUCGUUCGUGGCUCCAUUUUGGGAGGUCCCUUCCACUGAUGCCAGAGGGGAUGCCAACAUGAUUGACGGCGUUGUCAAAGUAGAGGUCCAUAGGGAAUGCAAGCCUGGAUCUGGUAGUUCGAAGAUUGUCGUUGCGGUGCCGUGUUUGGUCAAUUCGAAAGCGGUUGCAAAAGACUCCGCGUUGCUUCGCUUAAAGGCAGACCACCAGGCUGUCAAUGCGAAGAGGGCCGCCGACGAGCCCCAGGAUAGCCCGAAGGUGCCAAAGGACACCAAGAAGGCUAAGAGGUGAUUCCAAGGGAUGGGCUGUGAAUCUCAAUCAGUU